AGGAUGCCCGAUGACGUCAUCAACAAUCUGCCAGACAACGGAAAGAGACAGUUCGCCAUCGGAAUUGUCGGAGAAUUUUUGGGAACGAAUUACAAAGAAUCUGGAAUUACCCGAGAAACGUUGGACCAAUUGGAAGAGAUGCAAGACUACCGGCCCUUCUUCACUUACUGGGCGACGUUCGUGCAAAUCAUCAUCUUCAUCAUCGCAACAUCUGUCUAUGGGUUUUCCCCGCUCGGGUUUUCCGAGACUCCGAUAUUCGCAGAGGUGCGAACAGUCAGUUUGGCCAUAGAGAAAGUAUUUUACAACGAGAAGAACAACAUGUGGAUUGGUCCAAAGCAGGCCGACUUGAUCCAUCUCGGAGCCAAGUAUUCACCAUGUAUGAGGCGAGAUGCAAACGUCGUUGACAGACUCAACAUGGACAUUGAGGAGGAGGAAGAGACGGGCUGUUGCUCGUACAACGACGGUUCAGGGUGUGUCCAGCUUAGCUCUUUGAGAUGUCCAAAGACGUUGGCUUCCUGGUACAAUAACACAGUGUGCGGUCUCGAUCCAGACUACUGCAGUAGCGCCAGCGUGCUGCCCACAAUGUGGCCAAAGAACAACAUAACCGAGUGGCCGAUAUGCCAGGAGGUUCCAUUGAUACCCCCGAACGGCCCGAAGCACAUGACGUGUGAGGUGGUGGCCAGGCCCUGUUGUGUCGGCAUUCAUGGCCAGUGCAUCAUCACCACACCGGCCUACUGCGCCUUUCGUGGGGGGUACUUUCAUCCCGAGGCUAAUCUCUGUUCUCAGGUAAAAUCAUGUCUCAGUGAGAUAUGCGGCAUGUUACCAUUCUACAACGAAACCUACCCCAAUCAGUUCUACAGACUUUGGACUUCUCUGUUUCUCCACGCAGGGAUACUGCAGCUACUGAUAACGAUAAUCUUCCAGUAUUUCAUCAUGCGAGACAUAGAGCGCCUGCUUGGAUGGUUCCGCGUCUGCGUCAUCUACAUCGCCAGCGGAAUAGCUGGCAGUCUUGCUAGUGCCAUCUUCCUUCCUUAUCACGUCGAGGCAGGACCUUCCGGUUCUCAAUUCGGACUUCUGGCCAGCUUGUUUGUGGAGGUGAUAUACGGCUGGCAGUUAGGGAUAGUGCAAUCACCCUGCCUGGUCAUCUUCAAACUGACCUCCAUCCUCAUCUUCCUCUUCAUCAUCGGCCUCUUUCCAUGGGUGGACAACUACGCCCAUCUCUUUGGUUUCAUCUUCGGCUUCUUCAUCUCCUUUGCCCUCAUGCCAUAUGCGGCAGAGUUGAAGAUUUUGGGACGGAGAGGUCAAAUUUUGUGCAUGGCCGCCUGCUCCGUUGUUGUUCUCGUCAUGUUCCUGGUCCUAUUUAUUCUCUUCUACGUCAGCCCCAUCUACAGCUGCGACUACUGUCAGUACUUCAACUGCAUCCCCUUCACACAGUACUUCUGUAAGAGUAUGGAGGUCAAAGUUCACGAUAGUAGGGAGUUAUGAUGAUGAUAAUAAUAAUAGGAUAAUGGUGGCAAGAUGCUGCUGCGGAUGAGAUGAUGAUGAUUGUGAUCAUGAUAGUGAUGUCAAAAGUAAAAUGAUAACAUUUAUAUGAUAACACUCGUAACAGGUUUUUAUCGUGCAAUAAAUAUUCCAUUAUUCCAUUAUUCACAGUGAUGAUGAUGUGAUGGGUGAAGGUGAUAAGGUUGAAUGUCAGUAGGAUGAAUAGUGAUGAACACCACAUUAUAAUGCCUGCCUUACUUUAUAACAUUGCACUUGAAUUUUACCAAUAGUAUGAUCAGAUUAAUUUUCAUGAUUUAUUUACUUAUGCUUACUAAAUGUUAUUAAUUUUACUUUUUAAUUUUUUUAUUAUUUUAUUAAAUAAAACAUUCUGAAAUUAAUUGUCAUUCAAUUAUAUUUACGCCUUAACAAAUGAUUUUAUGUGUGUGUAUGUGUGUAUUGUGUGUAUAUGCGUGUUUGUGUGUGUUUGUGUGCAUGUGUCUAUACAAGUUACGUGUUUCGUGUUAUUUCACGUAUUUUUUUAGAUAUUUUAAGUUUUUAUUUGUGCGUCUGUGUAAGUGUUUAGUUACACUAAAAUUACUUUUUAACUUUCUGAAAUUUUAUCAUCUGCCCCGAGAAUAUUUAGAUAGAUGUCAACCACUUCCAGAUUUUUGAAUUCCCAGCAUAAUGGUAAUCACUUACUAAAUAAGCAAAUAAAAUUAAAUCCUGAUCUGUUUUUUAUGGAAUAAAAAAAAAUUAAUAAAAA